AUGUAGCGUCAGUCCUCGCCGUGGUUCCUGUAUAUUUGGCGUCUCGUUUAUACACACACGAGCCUAAAAUACAGAAUACAGAUACUACCCACAGCUUUCCCCAGCCUUUCCUUCCUCCAGGUUGGAGCAUUCGGCGCGCCAGGCAGGUUCUAGUUACAUAAUGCGGGCAUCAUGAACGUGUUGAUGCCGAAUUGUUCAAAGAUGGUCGGAGUAACGUCGUACGCCUGCAGAAACGCGCUGCGCCAAGCCCGAGGUUUGCACACCGCGGCCGUUCAAAAUGCCGAGGCCAAGCUUAAGACCUUCUCGAUUUACCGCUGGAAUCCGGACAAGCCCGACGAGAAGCCGUAUAUGCAGAAAUAUAAAGUCGAUCUGAAUGCUUGCGGCCCAAUGGUACUGGACGCGCUAAUUAAGAUUAAGAACGAGGUCGAUCCAACGUUGACAUUCCGUCGUUCUUGUCGCGAAGGCAUCUGUGGGUCCUGCGCUAUGAAUAUCGGAGGAACGAACACACUGGCGUGUAUCAGCAAAAUUGAUAAGAAUACAAGCACGGCAUGCGACGUUUACCCUUUGCCCCACAUGUACAUCGUCAAAGACCUGGUGCCGGAUUUAAAUAAUUUCUACGAACAGUAUCGCAGUAUACAGCCCUGGCUGCAGCGCAAGGACACGAAGGAAACCGGGAGCCAGCAGUAUUUGCAGAGCGUAGAAGACCGUAAGAAGUUGGAUGGUCUCUACGAAUGUAUUCUCUGCGCUUGCUGCAGCACAUCUUGCCCGUCCUAUUGGUGGAAUGGUGAUAAGUAUUUAGGCCCUGCAGUACUUAUGCAAGCCUAUAGGUGGAUUAUCGAUUCGCGAGAUACCCAAGCAAAGGAGCGCCUGGAGAAAUUGAAGGAUCCAUUUUCAGUAUACCGUUGUCAUACAAUCAUGAAUUGCACGCGUACGUGCCCAAAGGGUCUAAAUCCUGGAAAGGCGAUAGCGGAAAUAAAGAAACUGUUGGCUAAUGUCAGCCAGAAGCCGCAACCGGAUCUCGCCGCGUCGGGAUCUCCAUAGUUAAAGGAAUACCGAAUAGAAUUAAUAAGUUCUAUACACUUGUCUUAUGUAUUACUACGUGCAGCGAACAUGUAACCAGCGGAAUAUCUCGUACGACCAUAUGCAGGGGAUCCACGAAAUAGCAGCUGAAAUGUCCUAGCAAUCGAAAGAUUAGUUAAGCACUACUUGUAAAUAAAAACAGGCUUCCCAUGGAA